CAUAUAUCCAGCCACAUAGAGCAAAAACAGCCAUUUUGUUGUAUUGGCGUUGAAUUUUUUCGGCAUGAUAGAGGUACACAGAAAUGAAAGGUUUUUAAAUACGUAUUUAGAUGUGAAAACCGCAUUUUACAAUCUAAUUUAUUGUUGAAAAUGCCAGAGCACCACUAAGCGAAUAAAAAUUACCAUAAGUCAGAACGAUGAGCGGAUCUAAUGCGAAGGCUUCGGGGACUGGCUUCGGCAGUCACAUACCUAGUAUAGAGGAGAAAAACAAGCAGAUCCAGCAGGAGACCAUGAUGGAGAAGCUGCGAGCCAAGUACCGGAGUAAGCCGAAAAGCUACGAAGAGAUCAAGAAGUCGGUGCGGAUGUACUUCAUUGAGAAGCACUACCCCCUUGACCCGCUGUGCAAGGCCACGCUGCAGUCGGCGCUAGAUAAAUUACAGCACUACAUUAAGGUAACAUCUCGUCAUGGACUUGUUGAACGCCUUGAGAGCCUGUCGCGCCAGUUGGGACUCAAAUUCAUGGAAGACCAGCAAUUGCUCUUUAUCUCCACGGAUAUGUUUUACGUCGAGAUUUUGUUGGACGCCACGGGAAGCCUGUCGGACGUCAAAGUGCACCACGAGUGCAAAAUCGAGCAGCAGUCUAGCGAGCUGGUUGCGUGCCUCAAGUCCGGUGACUUCGCCGACUUUACGGUCCAACUAGAGGGUCUGUCUUCCAUCUAUCAGCUGAACGCCGAACCCAAGGUGAAAAAGAAGGCUUUUGUGGCUCUCCAAGCCAUGGAGACGGACAUCCAGACUCUCUAUCAACUGCAUCUGCAGGCUCACUCCGGCGACAGCUACUCUCUGAUGUCUAGCUCCGCCGUGGGUCUGGUGCUGCCGAGACGCGGUGGCCAUCCCAUGAAGCUCACUUACUUUUGCCCGCCGCUUCAUUUGCCCGAGAGUGAUCCCAAAUUGGCCAGUGGCGACUUCACCAUCGAUCAGGUAAUGCGCAGCAGUUACGGACUGAGUGCCACCGUCAACCUCGAGGGGUCCUCAGCUAACAAGCUGCAAACCCUACCCACUGUUACAUUGGCUCGCGAUGCACAGACUGGAUUGGAAGUUCCCACGUAUGCUCAACUCAAUCAAAACAACUCACUGCUGAUGCCUGCCACGUACGUGUUACGACUAAACAAGCCCAUGCCCGUGUGUCUUGAAUCUCUAAAGGCCCUCGGACUUCCCGGCAUAGAUGCAACUUCCACACCACCAAGCCCACCCAGCACAGUGUUGAAUCUGAUUGUGCAGACUGCUUCCAAACAAGCCAUCAAGAACACCCAGCGCGGCUUAUACGUAAAUCUGCCGAAGGAGACGCACUGCUACUUCUUCACCGACAACCGAAAACUACAGGGAACCCUAGUGACUUCACUGCCCUUCACCGAGCCUGCCCAAGUGCCGCGGAUUGUGGCGUUCCUCAAAAAACAGGCUCUUUUCUACACCUUGCUCGCCAGUUGCGUACGCGAGCAACAAAAGCAGUAUAAUGACAUGGACAGCACUGUGAUACUGGAGGUAACCGCGGUCUCCUUCAACCAAAUCACUGUCGAACUGCAGCAUCCGUACGAGGAGUCGCUGGCCACGGUCGAUUUUUUACUAGAGGACGGUCAGCCCACGUGUAGUGUUUACUGUCUGACAAACGAAUAUGAGCUGCUUUCCCAAAAGCUCACCCGUACCGUUCGCAAGGUGGUAUCUAUUCCGAUGGUUAUUUACAAGCUGCUUAAGUGCUGGGAUGAGGAGCAUGAAUUCAAGCUGCAUGGGGUAAUUGGCCCUGGAGCGGGUGCUUCGGGUUCAGGAGCAAUCGGUGGAGGCAUGGGCGGUGGACCCGUCUCAGGCGGAGGCAAUAGCUUUAACCAGUUUACAUUGGACUCCGCGCCGCCAACUGAUGGAAGUUUUUCCGGAGGCGGUUUCGCCAACAUCAACAACCUUAAAAUGGAAGCUAAGUCGCGAUCUCUAGCGGAUGCUUUUGCAGCAUCCACUUCGGCUGCAGCGGCCAUUGCGGGACUGAUUAACCUGAAGCGCGAAACGGAUCCGCAAUCUGGUAGUUCCACCAGUGGCGCAACGGUCAGUGGGAAUUCCAGUUCUUCCAGUGCCGCUAAGACGAGCGAUCAUGAUAUUGCUGACAAGUAUAAGAAUAUCUGGAAGGAUAAGACUCCGAAUUUAAAGCAUUGCGUUAGUAUCACUCCCAUCCCAGGGGACGGCAAGUCUGCGGGGACAACUGGGGCAGUCCCCGGCGUUGAGGUUCAGCGCACGGGAAGCAUUGAAAUUAUCCCACUAAAUGCACAGGCUGCUGUCGCCGGAGGAGGUGCAGCAGCCCAAUCCAGUGCAACGCCUACGACCAUUACAAUUACCCCCAUAACAGGCAAAGACACCAAUAAGGAUUCGUCAAAAAAGAGUAGCUCUACCUCUACUUGUGUUAGUGUGGCUGCAAAGCGGCCCCAUGAAAGUAGUAGUUCCUCUACGUCUGGUGGAAGUGGUUCUGGCGGUUCUAUGUCAUCCUCAACCAGCAGCGGUUCCUCGGACACGCAAAAGGAGAAGAAGCGCAAAAAGAAGCGCGACGAUUCCCCCAUGGGUCCGCCGGAGAAGAUUUAUUCUCGUCAAAACUCACCAGCAGCUGGCGGAGAUGCCUCCACGACUGGUGGAGUGGUUCGUAAGUUCUCCUCGCCCUCCUCGUCGCCCAAAGCAGGUGGUGCUGGACAGAACUUGAUGCCGGGAGUGCCGACUGCGCGUCCUAGCCCGAAGCAUUCGCCCGUAUAUAGCAGCCCGAAACAUAACACUGCCUCCAAUAGCCCGAAGUCUCCGUUCGGCACACAUUCGCCCAAACACGGCUCCUCUGGAAAGCCAAGCAUGUCUACUUUAAAAAGCGCAGCUACAGCCGCCACCAUCUUAAGUCCCAAAGGCGAUAAAUCCUCUUCGAGUAUUGGAGCCACAUCAACGGGACCGUCUGCAUCCUCGGGAUCUGGCGGGACUCCCGGUCUGGUGCGGUCUUUUGCAAGUGUUGGAGGACCGCCACCACCACCGCCAAUCCCUCCAUUAGCCAGCGCUAGCGGCAGCAGCCAGAGCUUAAAAAAGGAGAAAUCUUCUUCCGGAUCCGGUUCCACUUCCACAUCAUCCUCGGUUGCGACUGUGUCAUCUGGCGGAGGCAUUUCCCCGGCUAGUGUGGCAGCAGCCGUGGCUGCCCUGAAAUCCUCUCAGCAGCAGAUGAAGUCUGUCGCCAGUCUUUCGCACCUCGCUGCGGGCGGAGGAUUGGGAAGCUAUACGGCGUCUUCGGGAGCGGGCGGAUCGGCUGCAGCAGCAGUGGUGGUGGGAGCUGGAGCUGGCGCUGGAGCGGGGGCUUCCGGACUGGAGCUGAAUACCCUGCGCAAAGGCAUGGCGGGAGGUGCGGUUAGUUUGAUGACGUCGACAGCAGCUUUAGCGCCAACAAUCCCGGCAGCAACAACAACGGUGGCAGCGGGAGCAGCGGCGUCAUUGGCGCCUCUAGUCUCAGCGGGAGUGGGUCAGGGUCCGGCAACAGCAACAACAGCAGCAACUCUGGCAACAGCAACAAUGCUACAACAGCAACAGCCGGGAGCAGCGUCAACUAGUAGCUGCUUGGUCACCAGCGGGGGCAGCAGCGACUGCACUGGGGGCAGCACUCCGGCUGGGGCCUCUACAGAAUACAUGGUUAAGCCCAGCAGCCAGGAAGGCCUAAAACUGACCAUCAACAAGACGGGCAGCAGCAAGAGCUCUGCCCCCGGCUCUAGCUCCUCGUCUGGCGGCCAAGCUAAGGCGAAAAGCAUCAGUAGUAGUGCGCCAAGCUUUGCAGGAUCCUCAAGUUCCACGAAGAAGCAACACACCGGCCUCAAGCCAGGCGUUAACAGCGGACCCGCUUCCAAGAAGGCCACAGCAGCAACGUCGGCCGCUGCAACAUCUUCCAGCAAGCAUCUCUUUCAAAAGGCCAACUCUUCGGGCAAUCUAAGCAGCAAGCUCAUCGGAUCGGGUGCCGGCGGAGGAAUUCCUCUGACCAAAAGCAACAGCACAAACUCCUUCCAAGAGCAUAGCGCCCCGAGGCGACGUCCCAGUAUGGGAGCCUUGGCCAGCGGUAGCAGUGGUGGCGGAAGUACUCAGCGAAAGUCCAGCUCCACUUCGGCAGGGCCCAGCGGAUCAUCAGGCGCAGUCUCGCCGGCCCUCAGCGGUUCCAUGUCGCAGCCACCGCCGCGAUUUGAUCACCAUACGGAUAUGAUGACCAUCCUCCAAUAUGCCUCUCCAACGAUGGCCGCCAGCAUGGAGGGUUUCAUUAAGGGCCUGCACAAUAAAUUUCAAAUCCCAAAGCUGUCGCAGCGAGGAAGCGGAGGCAGUACAACCAGCGGACGCAGUACUCCAAGUGGCAACGCGGAUCUGGCUGCAUCGGGAACAUCUUCUUCGAUACCUGGAGCUUCUGCCAGUGCGACUGGAUUGGCGGAGCCGGAGGCCAAGCCGCCGGCACCACCGCCCCCGCCAUGCAAUGAUGGGCUCCUCAACUUGAGCGGCACGGCGGGAAUGCCAUCAGGGGAUGGCAUCGACGAGGAGCUUCUGGCUAGCCUGGCUGGCGAAUGACAGAAGGUGGACAACCAUGAGAUAUUCCUGUUGCUCUAUGCGAUUUUUAUUUUUAUAUAAUCUAGUGAAUAAGUUAUGGAGCAUUAGUUGGAAUUCAUUAGUUACAUGAUUUUGGAUAGACUCUGCGAUUAUUACUAGGUAAUUAUAUAAUUCCAUUGCCGUAUCCCAUAAUUAAAGAACUCCUGAGGAAACUUUUAUAAAAUUUUUAGAAUACUAUUACGGGUUUGGUCCUAAUCUCAGAGAUUAUUGCCGGUUCUGUAAAGUAAGCAAAACAACUCCUUAAGCAUUGGUUUAAAAAUUCAUCGCGAAACCAUCGCUUUAAAUAUUAUGUAAUAUAUAAUAAAUGAAUUCAGUUGGA